AUGGCUACACGCUCCGCUCUUCGCCAUGUUGGUCCUGGAAAUGUUGCUAUCGACACUUGCCCUGUACCCAAGCCUGGGCCAGGCGAGGUGUUGAUCAAAGUCGCGGCUGUGGCAUUGAAUCCAAUUGAUUGGAAGAUGAUGUACCGCCAGGCGCUCGCACAACCUACCAUCCUAGGAUGCGACUUUGCAGGGAUUGUUGAAUGUCUUGGGGAUCUCGUCGACAGGCUUCAGGCCGGAGAUCGAGUGGCGGGAAUGAUACAAGGAGGGAACACUUUAAGGCCUGAUGAUGGCGCAUUUGCGAACUAUCUGGUCGCGCAAGCCCAUAUCUUGGUGCGCCUCCCUUCGAACAUCUCGUUUGAGCAGGGUUCGACGUUACCAACAGCACUCCUUACUGCUGGUUUCUGCCUAUACAGGCACCACUCCUUCCCAUAUCCAGAACAGAGUGAGAAGUCACAGCCGGUGCAACCAGUACUACUUGUGUAUGGUGGCGGUACAGCCAUUGGGUCGAUGCAGAUUCAGUUGGCCAAGUUGUAA